AUGGAGCCUACGUGCCAAUCAGUUGAACUUUCAAUGCCUAUAGAGUCAGCUGGUAGCAGUUCUCAAACUACCAAUGCUUCACAAACUGAAAUACGAGUAGAGUAUCUAAAGCACAAUUGGACAGUAAAGAAUUUCUCUCAUUGUUAUCAGGAAUAUUUGGAAAAUUAUGUGAAUCUGCCGAAUAGCGACUUGACUUGGUCAAUUAAAAUUUAUCCAAAGGGAAAUGGUGAAAACAACAAGGAUUUUGUUUUUCUCUGCCUGAAUAGGGUUCUUGGCACAAAUGUAAAAAAUAACAAGAUUGGUUUCAGGUCUCGAUUCUACCUUAAAAACAGUGAAGGGAAGGAUAUUGAAAUGCGAGUUCAUCCAAACCCUUCACAUUCUGACUAUGUUUCUUAUAUAAAGAGAGAUGUUCUCUUUCCUCAAAUUCAACCUGCUGAUAGUAUUACUGUCUUUGUUGAGAUUGACGUUGCUGUUGAGACGAUCACUACUUCUGUAGAUGAUUCGUUUGGACCAUGUAGAAGUUGCACCUGUGAGAGACAACUUGGCGAAGAUUAUUUGAAAUUGCUGAGUGAUAUGGUGCUUACCGAUUUCACUAUUAAAGUCCAAGACAAAGAGAUUCACGUGCACAAAGCUAUACUUGCUGCUCGCUCACCUGUCUUUUCAGCAAUGCUACAACAUGUUGAUACUAGUGAAUCAAAAACGGGUAUACUCGAAAUAAAGGAUGUUGAAUAUAACGUUGUAAAGGAAAUGCUUCGGUUUAUCUACUGUGGAAAAAGUUCUGGGGAGUUGAGCGAGAUUGCUUCUGAUUUACUUAUUGCUGCUGACAAAUAUAGAUUGGAAGAAUUGAAGAAUCAUUGUGAACAAAGCCUUAUACAAGCUAUUAAUUUCGACAAUGCUUGUCAUUUGCUAAUUAUUGCUGAUAUGUAUGGUGCUUCAAACUUACGUAAAAAGGUGCUACAUUUUAUCAAACUUCAUCCGAAAAAAAUUGUACACACCGCUGGAUGGAUUGCUAUAAUUAAAGAACAUCCUCAACUUGCUACAGAUAUUGUCGCUUCUUUUGAUAAAAGCUAA